ACUUCAAUUGAAUAUGACUGCUUCGUAAACCUAACUCGGUCAACUGAGCCAAACACGUUCCCUCCUCAGCGCCCGACCAUGGCGAAAUCGAAGAACCACACUGCUCAUAACCAGUCUUAUAAGGUUCACAAGAAUGGGAUCAAGAAACCAAAAGGCAAAGGCAAACAUCUACCAAAAGAUGGAUCCCAAGUUUCUGAGGAACCAGAGAUAUGCAAGGAAGCACAACGUGAAGAAUGGUGGUGGAUCUGCAGCUGAGGAGGAGUAGACAUUUGUGCCCUUCUGUGGUUUUUUUAGAACAUGGUUUUGUUUUAUUGUUUCUGUUAGACUUAGACGAUAUGCUAAAUCAAUUCAUGAUCGAUUGUUCAUUAUAGUUCAUUUAUGUCUGCAUUGCUUGUCUCUGUUUUUAAACUGUGAUGGGUUGUAAUAUUUGUUUAUAUUUAGCUGAUUUCUGGGGUUAAGCUAGCUCAUGAUCUUGUUUCACUUUUUUUGAGCAAGAUUGAGGGCAUAUUUAGCUGAAAAGGGAAACCUGAUGAAGGUAAUACCUUGGUUGCUAUCAUUAGUAUUGGAC